UAUGUGCGACAUUACAAACAGCAACUUUAUUGAAUUACUACCGGAAAUUCGUAGGGACAUACAGGAAUCUAUAGCCUUAGCAAUAGAUUGCGAAUUUUCAGGAAUUUAUAUAAAAAAUGUUGAAUCGACUUCAUUAUUCGAUAUUGCUCAAGACCGUUAUCGUAAACUUCGCGAAAUUGCGAAAGCAUUUGAAAUAAUUCAGGCAGGCGUUUGUUGUCUUAAAGAAGAAUCUCCAGGGAUAUUUACUGUUACUUGUUAUAAUUUUUACACUUUCCCUUUAACAUUUAACCGUUUACGAAGACAGUUUAGGGUUGAUUCGGAAGCGUUAGAAUUUCUAACAAGAAAUGGAUUCGAUAUGCAAAAAUGGAUGAAUGGUAUUUCGCUUAUGAAUGAUAACGAAGAAGAGCUCUAUUGGGAGAGUAAUAGGAGAUUAAGCCAUUCCGUAAAUACUAUCUUCUCAAUGAUUAGCGAAUGGGUAACAAACGCUAAGGAAGGAGAGUCUAUCACAAUUGCCGAACGCCAGGAAGCCUUUGGUGAGAUUUUACAUGAAGAAAUACGCGAGAGAUUCAAUAACGUUUGGACCUAUGACUCUGCCCAAGGCUAUGUUCAGGUUAUAAAAAAGAAUAAAAAAGACGUGAGAGCUUUAAAGGAAUCUAUUAAUUCCGAAAUCGAAACUGAAAGAAUCCUUGGCUUUACAACCGUAUUUAGAGAGAUGAUAGCCGCAAAAAAACCAAUAAUAGGACACAACUGUUUGGCUGAUCUUAUAUUUUUGUUUGAAAAAUGCUAUAAAUCUUUACCAAAUAGUUUAAAGCUGUUUAAAGCCGAAUUACACGAACUUUUUCCAAUUAUUUAUGAUACAAAACAAAUUUCUUACAGGAAUGUAAAAACUCUCAAAACCUAUCAGAUUGAAACAACAGGCGGUCUUAUCGAACUUCAUCAAAGUCUCGUUAACGCUGGUGAUCAGCUAUUGAACAAACCUCGUGUUCGUCAUACAAAGAAUAAGAAAUACGAAACGGAACUUGUUCUACAUGAGGCAGGUUGCGAUGCAUACAUUUGCUGUGAUGUGUUCUUAAGAUUAGCACAUGUUCUAGCUCAACACGACAACGCAUUAUCAAAAGUUGGGCCCAUGAGAUUUAUUGAGUUAUUAUCUUCCGUUAAAAAUUGUGAAAAUCGCAUUAAUCUUAUACAAGCUAAAUCGGAUCAUUUGAAUAUAAUCGGGGUUGAACCCUCAAGCAGAAGACCUCCUCACUUGUAUGCUAAAAUUUUACGUUACGGAAAUAGAACUUCGAUUGAAGAUUUAACUAAAAUCUUGGGUUCAUACGGUUUUGUUAACAUACGUAAAAUUGACGCAAACUCAGCGACUAUAGCUACCGAUUCUCAUAGAUCGGCUAGACGAAUUUGCGAAGCUUUCCGUCAAAGUGACGACUUUAUAAUAACUAUCUAUGAUCCCUACAAACAUAAUAAAUAUUUAAGGGGUGUUCUUUAUGCUGAAAAGUUAGAUUCCGCAUUAGACUUAUUCCGGAGGCUUCCCCCUCAAAAAGUUGAUGAUAAUAUAGAGAAAAUAAUUGAUUUAGCCCCAGAUAUUCUGGAAGAUUUACUUGCCGCUGUUGACAGGCCCCUACAAAUUAUGCGUGAUACGGUUAUAGGAAAAGACUUCUUGAUUUGCGAUUAUAAUAGAGAUGGAGACUCUUAUAGGUCACCUUGGUCUAAUAGUUAUUUUCCUCCUUUGGACGAUGGUACUGUCCCGUCGAAUAGAUUAAGACAAAUGGAGUUAGAAGGUAAUGAAGCUUUCGACCAAUAUAGGGAAAUGUAUUUCGAAGGAGGAAUUUCUUCUGUAUACUUCUGGGAUUUAGAUCAUUGUUUUGCUGCUUGUGUACUACUGAAGAAACAAGGCGAUGGCUCAAAAAUGAUUACCGGUCAAUGGGAUUCUAUGCACGUUUUUGAAGUUCAGGAAAAGGCAAGUGGCAAGAGUGCUCAUUAUCGCUUAACUUCCACGGCCAUGCUCUGGUUGAAUACAAACAAGGAGGCAUCAGGAAACAUGCACUUGGGCGGUCAAAUUACCAGACAAAGAGAAGAUGAUCUAUCCAUCAGCGAAGCCCAAACGCACAUUGUAAACAUGGGGAGAAUGGUUGAGGAUAUGGAGAACAAAAUUCGUAAUACAAUGAAUGACAUUUACUUCGGAAAGACGAAAGAUAUUGUCAAUGGCUUAAGAUCGAUUGAGGAAAGCAAUACCGCGCAAAGAGAGAAUCUUCAUGUAGAUUUAUUAAGUGCUUUGAAAAAUCGUAACCCUGCCAAAGAAUAA